AUGUCUCUUACCCAGCGACGCUCGCUCGCGGUAGAAAAGUUUCUUGUUCGUAAAAUGUUUUUUCUUAUUAUUUUGAGUGUUGUUUUAUUUUUUGUAAUCAAAGCUUGGUAUAAAAAUCAUUAUCAGUAUUGGAUUAAAAGAGGUUUUCCAUCUGAUACCCCCAACUUCCCCCUUGAUUCGCUUUCAGGCACUGGAUUGACACUUCAUAGUGCUGAAAAGUUUGAUGAAUAUUAUCAACAAUUUAAAGGUCAACCAAUCGUCGGUUUAUUUUUUGUGUUCACACCGGCUCUUGCUGUUUACGAUCCACGCUUAAUUCAAGCGAUUCUUGUCAAAGAUUUUUCAUACUUUCAUGAUCAUUAUUUAUAUUACAAUGAACAAGACGAUCCAUUGUCAGCACAUUUACUAGCAAUUGAGGGUCAGAAAUGGAAAGACAGAAGAAUCAAAUUAACUCCAAUUUUCACUUCGGGAAAGAUGAAAAUGAUGUUCAAUACGAUAAAUGAGAUUGGCGAGAAGUUUGUGAAAGCAAUUGAGAAAGAUUUGAAAUUGAGUGAAGAACUGGAAGUGUCCGAAUGGCUUGCCCGAUACACUACAGAUGUCAUUGGAAAUAUUGCAUUUGGAAUUGAUUGCAAUUGUUUAGAGAAUCCCGAGACAGAUUUCCGAAAACACGGCAGGAAAAUCUUCAAAGUCGACACCCCCGCAAGUGCCUUGAAAAUGUUAUUCGUGAAUUCUUUUCAAAAGUUUUCCAGGAAAAUGGGAUUUAUGUUUAACGACAAAGAUGUUGCCGACUUCUUUAUGAAUGUUUUCACAGAAACCGUAGAUUAUCGUCAAAAGAACAACACGGAACGAAAUGAUUUGAUUCAGAUCCUAAUCCAAUUAAAGAACAAUGGUUUGUUGUCACACGAAGAAGCAGCAGCUGAAGCUUUUAUCGUUCAUGUUGGUGGUUUUCACACUUCCGCAUCGUUAAUGAAUUUUAUCUUGUACGAGUUGGCUUUAAAUCACGACAUACAAGUCAAACUUCAUGAAGAAAUUGUGAAGAAAAUCAAUGAAAAUGGUGGAAAUUUGACGUACGAUUUGAUUUCUCAGAUGAAGUAUCUUGAGAUGGUUGUAAAUGAAGCUUUAAGAAAAUAUCCGCCAGUCAAUGUCAUUACAAGAAAAUGUACAAAAGAGUAUAAAAUUCCUGGUUCAAAUCUUGUAGUUCCAGAAGGCACUCAAAUAACAAUUCCGACAUAUUCAAUGCAUCGAGAUCCUCAAUUCUUUCCCGACCCUUUAAAAUUUGAUCCCGAGAGAUUUAAUGACGAAAACGUGAGCAACAUUCGACCAUUCACUUAUUUACCUUUCGGUGAAGGUCCAAGAAUUUGCAUUGGAGUUCGAUUUGCUUUAAUGGUAACUAAGAUUGCACUUGUAAAACUGAUGACAGAGUUUGAAUUCGACAAAAGCUUCAGGACACCCAUCCCUAUGAAAUUCUCAGUUAAAAGCUUAGUGUUAUCACCUGAGAAUGAAGAUUUGUUCCUCAAGAAACUUUCGAAUUUUUGGAAUGAAAAAGGUUUCCCAUCACCAAAGUAUUCCUUUCCCUUCGGCGCAUUGAAAGGAGUUGGAACAGUGACUACAAAUUUUGAGGCUAUAGAUAGUUAUUACAAGAAAUACAAGGGAAAAGCUCCUGGCGUUGGACUUUUCUUCUUCUUGAAACCAACUUACUUGGUCAUAAGUCCUGAACUUGUAAAAAAUAUUUUGGUGAGAGAUUUUGGCUCGUUUCACGAUCGCGCAUUUUAUUACAACAAAGAAGAUGAUCCAACUUCAGCAAAUUUGCUAACACUUGAAGGACAAGAAUGGAGGGAGAGAAGAAUUAAACUUUCACCGAUAUUCACAUCAGGAAAAAUGAAAAUGAUGUUUGACACUGUUGAUAAGCUUGGUGACAAGUUAAUUGAUGUGUUGAAAAAUAAAACCAAGGAAAGCCCAUCGUUGGAGACGCGAAAUUAUGCUGCAAGAUUUACAAGCGAUGUUAUUGGGAAUGUUGCCUUUGGCUUAGAAUGCAAUUGUCUUGAUAAUCCAGAUUCAGAAUUUUUAAAGCAUGGGCGAAGACUUUUUGACGUAACACCAUAUGAAUUGCUUCGAUUUAUUUUCUCAUCUUCAUUUCCAAACUUAGCACGAAAGCUUCAUCUUCCUGCUAAUACGGAAGAACCAACAAAUUUCUUUAAAAACGCUUUUCUUCAGACAAUUGAAUAUCGCGAGAAAAACAAUAUCAAAAGAAAUGAUUUUGUUUCGUUGCUUUUAGGAAUGAAAGAACAUUUUACUCCAUUGGAACUCGCAGCAGAAAGCUUUCUUGUGUAUAAUGGUGGCUUCGAAACAAGCUCAACACUUAUCACAUUUGCUUUGUUGGAGCUUGCACUUAAUCCCGAUAUUCAAGAUAAGCUUCGCAAAGAAAUAAAUUUAUCAUUGGAAGAGAAUGAGAACAAACUGACAUAUGAUGCCCUUUUUGGCAUGAAAUAUCUUGAGAAAGUGAUGAAUGAAACUUUAAGAAAGCAUCCACCAAUUCCAAAUACAGUUAGGAGAUGUGUGAAAGAUUAUCCGAUCCCUGGAACGAGUUUAAUCCUUCCAAAAGACACAAACAUUGAAAUUCCAAUUUAUUCUUUGCAUCAAGAUCCGGAACAUUAUCCAAAUCCAUCGAAAUUCGAUCCAGAAAGAUUUUCUCCUGAAAUGGUUAAGGCUCGUGAUUCGGCAACUUUCAUUCCCUUCGGAGAUGGGCCAAGAAAUUAUACAACACCGACGAAGAAUUUAAUAGAAGAAAAAUCUAUUCAACAACAAAACGACAUUUCAGACAAUACAGCAUUUUUAUUUCCUGCGCUAUCACCAGAAAGUAUUACAGAUCUUCUAAAAAACACAAAAGAAGACACUGAGAUAAAAGAAGAAAAUCAAUCUCUGAAUAUCUCAGACAGCGUGGUGGAAAUUACACGUGAUAACGAAACAAUGGAUGUCGGUGUUAAGUUUGAUAAACUCAACAGUGAAAAUUAUCAUGCAUGGAUAAGUCUCAUUCGAGCUGUGCUUGAAAUUAAAAAGCUGUGGAUUGACAUCGAUCAAGAAGCUGAAUUAUCACCAGCUCAAGUGGAAACAGCAAGAAAAGCUUACUUUGAUAUCUUGCUUCGAGUUGAUACUGAACACGUUUUGUUUCUUGAAUCAGUUGCACAGUUUGAUUCAGUAAAAGCACUACGAGCAUUACGUGAAAAGUAUGAAGGAAAAGGGGCGAUAUCAGCUUUUGAGACAUUAUGGUCAGCUCUCCACACAACGUAUUCAAGUGGACCAGUUGAUAAAUAUAUCGACAAAAUAAGAUGCUACUACAAACGUCUCAAUGAAAAAGGAUUAAAAUUUCCUGAGAUGCAAUCAGUAUGCAAUCUCAUGAUGGGAUUACCACGUGAGUAUGAUCACAUUUUUACCAUCUUCUUACAAAUGGAAGAUGAUAAAAUUAAAUUUGAAAAAGUGGCAAAUGCUGUAAUUGGGGAACAACGAAGAAAUGUUUUAGCUUCAAGUAAAUCAUUCAAUUCCCAAUCUGAUCCACGUGAAAGUGUUGCAGCUACUUCUUCCCAUGAAAAUAAACCUUUAAACAGGUUUGAACGAAAAAAGAUGUUCAAGUGUGACCAUUGCGGAAAAAAGGGUCAUACGAUUGAAAGAUGUCUUCUUAAAAAUAAUCAGAAUGAAAAGUUUCAAAAAAAGCCAUUGAAUAAUUUUCGUAAAUCUGACAAACAAUCAUCAAACUAUUCUUCUAUAAAUGAUUGUGAAGUAACAGAUUCAACAUCAAUGUACGCGUCAUCUUUUCAUUCUGCGUUUCCUUGCAUUGGAAAUAAUUUUCGUUUUCCACCAAAUGCAACGCAGCGUAAAAGUGCAUUAAAUCGCUUAGCACCACGUAACGUAGGCUUACGCAUCAAAGAUGGUCGCAUGAACGAAAAGAUCGCACCGCCUUUUAAACGUGAAACUAGGGCUAACUCGACUGUUUUGAAAAAUAAAAUUGCUUCUGUCAUCAUUCAACCUGAUCGCGGCCAUCAUAUUCGCAAGGUGAUUUAUAAAAAGGCUCCGCCUUCAAAAAAAAUGGAUGAUAAGAAUCAAUCAGCUAUUAUUCAGCAAGAGAAAAAAUUUUCCUUGCCAAAUAUUCCUGAAAAGCAAUUUAUAAAAAGUGAAUGUAAAUUUAAUAUUCCACCAACUCCUGCAAGCAUUGACAUGAGGUUUGAUUUAAUGCAAUCAAAGAUUGGCGUUGUCAAACUUAUUCAACAUUUUCAGUUCUCACAAUGCGUUAAAACUUCUAUUCCAGUUAGAGACUUUACAUCGUUUCAUGAUCGAGGAUUUUACUCAAACAAAAAAACUGAUCCUUUGUCAUGUAAUUUGUUAACGUUAGAAGGUCAAGAAUGGAAAGAUCAUCGCACAAAACUCAGUCCAGUAUUUACAACAGGAAAAAUUAAAAUGAUGUUUGAUUUAGUUGACUCCAUUGGUGACAAGUUUGUCAAAGCAAUUGACAAAGAAUUAAACAAAACAUCAGUGUUUGAAAUUCGUGAAUUGAUGGCAAAGUUUUCAACUGACGUCAUAUCAAAUAUUGCUUUUGGGAUUGACAGUAAUUGCCUGGAAGAUCCAAACUCAGAAUUCUUAAAGAUGGGAAAACGACUUUUUAAUUUAUCGUCAUAUGAAAUGAUGAGACUCUUGUUCACUUCAAGUUCUCCAGAAGGUGGAAGAAUGCUUGGAAUGGUGGCAAAUCCAAAAGAACCUUGUGACUUUCUUCGCAGAGUCUUCACAGAAACUUUAAAAGAAAGAGAAUUGAAAGGAACACAAAGAAAUGAUUUCGUUCAACUUUUAUUUAAACUUCGUGAAACUGUCCCGCUCUCUUUAGAUGAAAUGGCUGCGGAAGCUUUCAUAUUUUUCGCUGGAGGAUUUGAAACGAGUUCAUCUACAUUGACGUUCCUUUUAUUCGAACUUGCCCAAAGUCAUGAGAUUCAACAGCGAAUGAGAAGAGAGAUUCAAGAUGGAAUCGAAGCUAAUGAUGGAAAACUUACUUAUGAUCUUCUAUUCAAUUUUGAAUAUUUAGAUAUGGUAGUGAAAGAAGCUUUAAGGAAAUAUCCAAUCAUUCCUGCCAUGUCGAGAAAGUGCACACAAGAAUACAAAAUUCCCGACACAGAUUUGAUCAUUGAAAAGGUUGCUUUAAUUUAUUAUUGGUUCAAGAAGAAGCUUUCUUUUUGGGAAAAUCAUGGAUUUUUAUCAGUUCCGGGAAAAAUUCCUUUUGGAAGUAUUGGGGAAAUGGGAAGAAAAGAACAUUCGUGUGUUGUUUUGAAACAGUUUUAUGAUAAAUUCAAGGAUAAAACGCCUGCAGUUGGAGUUUAUUUUUUAGCGCAGCCAGUCUUAAUUCCUACGGAUCUCGAACUUUUGAAAGACGUCUUUGUGCGACACUUCGAUACCUUCCAUGAUCGUGGAUUUUAUGUCAAUGAACGAGACGAUCCAUUGACUGGACAUUUGUUCUUUGUAAGUGGUCAAAGAUGGAAAGAUUUAAGAGCAAAAUUAAGUCCAACAUUUACGAGUGGAAAAAUAAAAAUGAUGUUUGGAACUGUUUCUGAUAUUUGUGAUCGAAUGAUCGACUUUAUCAAGUCAACUGCAAAUCCAAAAGGUGACGUUGAAAUGAAGGAAGUUCUUUCGUCAUUCACCACUGAAGUUAUAAGUUCAGUAGCUUUUGGACUAGAAACAAAAUCUCUUGGAAAUCCAAACAAUGAAUUCAGGAAAAUGGCAGAUGAAAUUUUCAAUCCACCCUGGUAUGAAACCAUAAAAAUGAUAUUCAUGAAUAAUUUUCCCAGUGUCGCAAAAUAUUUGAAGUUACGUAUAAGUUCUAAAAAGACAACAGAUUUCUUCAUGGGUGUCAUUCAGAACACAAUGAAUUAUAGAAAAGAAAAUAAUAUUCAACGAAAUGAUUUCCUUCAACUGAUGAUUGAAAUGAAGAAUAAUGGGAAUGAAAUAUCUGAUAAUGAGAUUGCUGCGAAUAGUUUCUUGUUUUUCUUAGCUGGAUUUGAGACAUCCUCAAGUGUUGCAACUUUUGCAUUAUAUGAACUUGCUUUAAAUCAAGAUAUUCAAGAACGAUUGAGACAAGAAAUUGAAGAAAUCUUGUCAAAAUAUGAUGGUAAAGUGACGUAUGAUGGAAUCAUGGAAAUGAAAUAUUUGGAUAUGGUGUUCAGUGAAACUUUGAGAAAGUAUCCAGUAGUUGAUAUUCAAUUUAGAAAAAGCACAAAAGAUUAUCCAAUUCCGAACACUCAUCUAACAAUACCAUCUGAAACUCUAAUCAUUAUUUCAUCACAAGCAAUACAUCACGACGAAAGAUUCUGGGAUAAUCCAAAUGAAUUCAAUCCUGAAAGGUUUACCGAAGAAAACAUUAAGAAACGUCCUCCAUUUGCAUAUAUUCCAUUUAGUGAAGGUCCACGCAUUUGUAUUGGAUUGCGUUUUGGCAUGAUUCAAACGAAGAUUGCGCUCGUUAAAUUACUUGGCUCUUAUAAAUUUUCGCCGUGCAGCAAAACGACAAUUCCAAUGAAAUAUGUUCCAUCAGCUGCAUUUCAAACACCUUUUAUAUCAAGUCUCAGUACCCGUCAGACUGUUCAUAAAAUGUUUUUCUAUCUUCUUGUUAUAGUUGCUUUAAUUUAUUACUGGUUCAAGAAGAAGUUUUCCUUUUGGGAAAAUCAUGGAUUUUUAUCAGUUCCGGGAAAAAUUCCUUUUGGAAGUAUUGGGGAAAUGGGAAGAAAAGAACAUUCGUGUGUUGUUUUGAAACAGUUUUAUGAUAAAUUCAAGGAUAAAACGCCUGCAGUUGGAGUUUAUUUUUUAGCGCAGCCAGUCUUAAUUCCUACGGAUCUCGAACUUUUGAAAGACGUCUUUGUGCGACACUUCGAUACCUUCCAUGAUCGUGGAUUUUAUGUCAAUGAACGAGACGAUCCAUUGACUGGACAUUUGUUCUUUGUAAGUGGUCAAAGAUGGAAAGAUUUAAGAGCAAAAUUAAGUCCAACAUUUACGAGUGGAAAAAUAAAAAUGAUGUUUGGAACUGUUUCUGAUAUUUGUGAUCGAAUGAUCGACUUUAUCAAGCCAACUGCAAAUCCAAAAGGAGACGUUGAGAUGAAGGAAGUUCUAUCGUCAUUCACCACUGAAGUUAUAAGUUCAGUAGCUUUUGGACUAGAAACAAAAUCUCUUGGAAAUCCAAACAAUGAAUUCAGGAAAAUGGCAGAUGAAAUUUUCAAUCCACCCUGGUAUGAGACAAUAAAAGUUUUGUUCAUGAGUCAAUUUCCAAGUGUCGCAGACUUUUUGAAGUUACGUAUAAAUUCUAAAGAAACAACAGAUUUCUUCAUGGGUGUCAUUCAGAACACAAUGAAGUAUAGAAAAGAAAAUAAUAUUCAACGAAAUGAUUUCCUUCAGCUGAUGAUUGAAAUGAAGAAUAAUGGAAAUGAAAUAUCUGACAAUGAGAUUGCUGCAAAUAGUUUCGUGUUUUUCUUAGCUGGAUUUGAGACAUCGUCAAGUGUUGCAACUUUUGCAUUAUAUGAACUUGCUUUAAAUCAAGAAAUUCAAGAGCGAUUGAGACAAGAAAUUGAAGAAGUUUUGUCAAAAUAUGAUGGUAAAGUGACGUAUGAUGGGAUCAUGGAAAUGAAAUAUUUGGAUAUGGUGUUCAGUGAAACUUUGAGAAAGUAUCCAGUAGUUGAUAUUCAAUUUAGAAAAAGCACAAAAGAUUAUCCAAUUCCGAACACUCAUCUAACAAUACCAUCGGAAACCACAAUCAUUAUUUCAUCACAAGCAAUACAUCACGACGAAAGAUUCUGGGAUAAUCCAAAUGAAUUCAAUCCUGAAAGGUUUACCGAAGAAAACAUUAAGAAACGUCAUCCAUUUGCAUAUAUUCCAUUUAGUGAAGGUCCACGCAUUUUGCUUGUUUAUCUUUUUUUCAAGCAAAAGUUUUCUUUUUGGGAAAAGCAUGGAUUUCCAUUCAUUCCCGGAAAAUUCCCAUUGGGAAGUGCAAAUGACUUAGGAAGAAAAUUUCACUCGUCAGUUUUGUUUAAAAGAUUUUAUGAUGAACAUAAAGAAGACGCACCUGGUGGUGUUGGUAUGUACUUAAUGACGGAUCCAGUAUUUUUACCAACUGAUCCAGAAGUUGUGAAAGAUAUUUUUGUGCGACAUUUUGAAAGUUUCCAUGAUCGUGGAUUUUAUUUCAAUGAACGAGACGAUCCAUUGACUGGACAUUUGUUUACUGUAAGUGGACAACAAUGGAAAGAUCUACGAAUUAAAUUAAGUCCAACAUUUACAAGUGGAAAAAUGAAAAUGAUGUUUGGAAAUGUUUCUGAUAUUUGUGAUCGAAUGAUUGACUUUAUCAAGCCAACUGCUAAUCCAAAAGGUGAUGUUGAGAUGAAGGAAGUUCUUUCGUCAUUCACCACUGAAGUCAUAAGUUCAGUAGCUUUUGGACUAGAAACAAAAUGUCUUGGAAAUCCUAAAAAUGAAUUCAGGAAAAUGGCAGCUGCAGUUUUUGAUCCUCCAGUGUGGGAAGUUGCGAAAUUUCUUUUCAUGACAGCUUUUCAAGAUUUAUCCAAAUUUCUACGACUAUCACUCAACUCGAAAGAAACAACAAACUUCUUCAUGGGUGUCAUUGAGAACAGCUUGAAAUAUCGAGACACAAACAACGUUCAACGAAAUGAUUUCCUUCAACUUUUAAUUCAUAUUAGAGACAGUGAGAGUGGAUUGAGCUUUAAUGAAAUCGCAGCAAAUAGUUUUGUGUUUUUCGUAGCAGGAUUUGAGACGUCAUCAAGUGUUGCAACGUUCGCAUUAUAUGAGCUUGCUUUAAACCAAGAAAUUCAAGAACGAUUGAGACAAGAAAUUGAAGAUACUGUAGCAGCACAUGACAAUAAAGUCACCUACGAGGGCAUUAUGGAAAUGAAGUACUUAGACAUGGUAUUCAAUGAAACUCUCCGAAAAUAUCCCGUAGUCGAUUCACAAUUCAGAAAAUGCAAUCGAGAUUAUAAAAUUCCAAACACGAACCUCACAAUUCCCAGUGGGACUUCAGUUAUUAUAUCAGCACAAGCUUUACAUCAUGAUGAAAGAUUUUGGGAGAAUCCAAGUGUUUUCGAUCCCGAACGUUUCACUGACGAGAAUGUUAAGAAACGUCAUCCUUACGUUUAUAUUCCAUUCAGUGAAGGUCCAAGAAUUUGUAUCGGAAUGCGUUUCGGUGUGAUGCAAACAAAAAUCGCUCUUGUGAAAUUGCUACAAAACUUCAGAUUCUCGCCUUGUGAAAAGACAACAAUACCGAUGAAAUUCGUUCCCAAAUCUGUAUUCUUGAAUCCAGUUGGAGGCAUUUAUAAAAUAAUUCUGAAGUUGUAUUGGAUAAUUGAAGUUUCUCUCAUUUCGAAUGAAAAUGUUUUCGAGUCGCAGUACGUUAGAAGAAUUCAAGUCAUCAACAUGAGUUUAAAUCUUUUCUUAACGUUAGCCGCUUUAGCUAUUGGACUUUUAGUUUAUUAUGUGAAAAGGAAAUAUGAAUAUUGGAAAGAUCGUGGAUUUGUAAGCACAAAAGUUGAUUUUCCAUAUGGAAGUAUAAAAGGUGCUGGUUCAACAAUCCAUUUCUCACAAGUCAUGCAAAAGAUUUAUACAGAAUAUGGAAAUAAUACAAAAGCUGUUGGAUUAUAUUUCUUCAUUUCACCAAUCAUGCUGGUGACAGAUUUAGAACUUGUCAAACAUGUUCUUGUGAAAGAUUUUGGUUCCUUUCAUGAUCGUGGAGUUUACUAUUGAGCGGAAUGGAAACAAAUGAGAACGAAAUUAACACCCACGUUUACAAGCGGAAAAAUGAAAAUGAUGUUUAAUACUGUGAAAAAUGUUUGCCAAGAAAUGAUUGACUUUAUGAACAAAAAUGAAAAUUCAGUUGAAAUCGAACUUAAUGAUAUUCUCGGUCGAUUUACAACUGACGUUAUUGGCAAUGUUGCUUUCGGCUUAGACAUAAAUUCAAUGAAAAAUCCUGAAUCAAAAUUCAGAGAAAUGGGAAAAAAGUUCUUCAAUCCAUCAGCAUUGAUGAUUAUGAAAUCGGUUUUCAUGACUUCUUUUAAAGAAUUGUCCUUGAAACUUAAACUCAAAGUAACAGACGCUGAAGUUUCCGACUUCUUCAUUUCAUCAGUAAGACAAAAUAUAGAAUAUCGUGAAACGAAUAACAUCAACCGUGAUGAUUUCUUCAAUCUACUCUUACAAAUAAAAAAUAAAGGAAAGGUAAACGAUGAUUCCGAUGAAUCACUUGGUAACUUAACAGUUGAAGAAUUAGCUGCUCAAGCAUUUUUAUUCUUUUUAGCUGGUUUCGAAACUAGUAGUUCAGCAAUGACUUUUGCUCUCUAUGAAUUGGCAUUGAAUCAAGAUAUCCAAGAUAAGCUUCGUGAAGAGAUUCAAUCAACGAUUAGUAAUCAUAACAACGAAAUCACUUAUGAAUCAAUGAUCGAAAUGAAGUAUUUGCAAAUGGUUAUUGAUGAAACUUUGAGGAAAUUUCCACCACUCGACAAUUUACUCAGAACACCUUCGCAUGAUUACAAAAUUCCUAACACAGAUCUUGUGAUUGAAAAAGGAGUUUUGACAGUAGUUUCUAUUUAUGCUAUUCAUAUGGAUCCAAAACUUUAUCCAGAUCCAGAGAAGUUUGACCCUGAAAGAUUCUCUGAAGAAAAUAAGAAAAAUCGUCAUCCAAUGGCUCAUAUUCCAUUUGGCGAAGGUCCAAGGAAUUCUUAUUUUUGGGUUCGUAAAAAGUUUUUGUUUUUCGAAGAAAAUGGCUUUUUGUAUGAAAAGCCGACAUUUCCAUUCGGAAAUUUGAAAGGUGUUGGCUCAACCACUCAUAUUGUUUAUCGAUUAAGAGAAUAUUAUGACAAGUUUAAAGGAAAAGCACCGGCGUUUGGAAUUUAUUUCUCGAUUGCGCCUGAUGUCGUUAUAACUGACCUUGAUGUCAUAAAAGAUGUUUUAAUGAAGAAUUUUGAUAUUUUUCAUAAUCGUGGAAUUUAUUAUAAUGUUAAAGAUGAUCCAUUGACCGGACAUUUGGUAGCUUUAGAAGAUAAUGAUUGGAGAAAUAUGAGAGCAAAAUUGACACCAACUUUUACAAGUGGAAAGAUGAAAAUGAUGUUUCAAACUUUGGUUGAUGUGUCUGAGUUGAUGCUUAAACAACUUGAGAAGGAUCCAAACUUAAACAUGACAGAAAUUAAAGAUAAAUUAAGUAAAUACACAACGGAUGUCAUUGGAAAUGUGGCUUUUGGACUUGAACUGAAUUCAAUUGCUGAUCCCGAUUCGAAAUUCCGCAAAAUGGGAUCGAAAAUCUUCAAACAAGACAAGAAUGUGCAAAUUAAAAUUUUUCUACUCACAAGCUUCAGAAAUCUCGCUAGGAAGUUGAAAAUGAAAUUUCUACCAUCAGAUGUUUCAGAAUUCUUCUCGAAAGUUAUACUCGAGACGAUUGAUUAUCGUUUAAAAAACAAAAUUGAACGCAACGAUGUUUUAGACAUUCUUCUGAAAAUUUACGAUCCAGAAUGUCAUGAAGAAGGAAAGCUUUCGUUAAACGAACUUACUGCGCAAUGUUUUUUAUUUUGGAUUGCUGGAUUUGAAACGAGCAGUUCAGCUGCAACUUUUGCUUUGUAUGCCUUGUCGAUACAUCAAGAGAUUCAAGACAAGCUACGAAAUGAAAUAAAAAGCGUUUUGAAGAAUCACAACGAUGAGCUCACUUAUGAAUCAAUGCAAGAAAUGAAAUACCUUCAAAUGGUUCUUGAUGAAACGCUUCGUUUAUACGCGCCAGCGCCACAACUUAUUCGAAAGGCUUCAAGUGACUACAACAUUCCCAAUACAAAUCUUAAAAUCCUCAAAGAUAUGCUGGUCAUUAUUCCGAUUAAUGCAAUUCACAUGGACCCAGAAUACUAUCCAAAUCCUGAAAAAUUUGAUCCCGAACGCUUCUCAGAAGAUCAGAAACGAAACAGACAUCAAAUGGCUUACAUGCCUUUCGGUGAUGGUCCCAGAAAUUGUAUCGGCAUGAGAUUCGCUUUGAUGCAAACGAAAAUAGCUUUGAUUCAAUUACUGAAAAAUUUCAAGUUUUUCCCUUCACCGAAAACAGAAAUUCCUUUGAAGUUUGAUCCGAAGUCAUUCAUUUUAGCACCAGCGAAUGGCAUGUGGUUAAAAGUUGAAAAAAUAUAAAUAAAUAAAUCCGCUUGUUCUUGUAAUUAAUUGUGGGAAUAAAUAAGUUUACUUGUCACGCAAUAUUUACUUAACCAUCUGUAGAUUGAAUGACAAAAAAAUUGUUUGUGAAUAAAACUAACACAAACAUCGACAGUCAAGAGA